AGUUAUGCAACAGUUUGACACUCAAACUAUAUAACAUAUGCUUUUGGGCAUACUUAAGUCAUAUCAGUUGGUACAGAUCGAGCUGCACAUGAUGAGUCUGUUGUCCACGUGGUGUACUCUGGCCCUCUGGGUACUGUUGACCGGAAGUGCAGCUGGUUGGUGGUUCUCCAGUACUCGUACACGGCAGACACAAGAAAAACAAUGGCAGACCUGUGAUCGCAAGUUCGCCAAUGGCUGUUCCGUGCAAGACAAGUGGAUACCAUUCAAAAAUACAUUCAAACCUGCUUGUAACAAGCAUGAUGUUUGCUAUUCCUGUGCUGCUGCUUAUGGCAUAUCAAGAGCAACUUGUGAUGCAAGAUUUCUACGAAGCAUGCUGAAGAUUUGUAGGGAGAAAUGGUGGCUCCCGAAGUGCAGAACCGCUGCAUCCGUUUAUCACUUGGGUGUAAAGGUUAGGCGGAAAGCGAGUAUUCAGUAGUCCAGCCUUGCUUGGUUGUAAUGAGUCAUGGGUGAAGGCGUGUCUGUGAUUGUGUGGUAUCACCUCACGCCGUGCACAAUAAAAUGAUAUUGGCAUCAAAAA